CGUCAUCUAUUUACUUGCUCCCAGAUCCGACUGUUAGGAAAACAGCUGCUGCUCCACUUUCCCCAAAUGGCGACAGAUAUGGAAAGAUUUGCUUCCUUCGAGGAGGCGCACUACGAUCAGUACGAUUAUUACAACCUGCACGAAUAUCCCUGCCACGCCGGAGGCAAGGGCCGAACCAAGAGGGAGAUCGAGCUGAACACCAACCGCCACAGCCCCGCUGGACACGAGAGGAAGAUCGCUGAGAAAUAUCACAACAGCCAAAUGAAGCGCAGAAGAACCAAGAGCGCCUCUUCAUGAUGCCCCUUUGUUUACAGAUCAGAUGGAUUUCUCAGGUUGACAACGGCCAAGUUUUUUCCUGCCUUUCCUGAUCCAGCAAAAUGGAGGUUGUGACAUUGAGGGCAUGCCCACUCAUCAGUCACGAGACAGCUCUCCAUUCCUAACCUGCCUUGUAACUGGACCCACCCCUCUCAAGUUACAGCUUUCUGCAAAUAUUUAGUGCAGAGCUAUAUAGGUCAGCUGUGUGUGUUCUUGGUAAAGUUUGUGGCAUAAAUAUGGUCAGAUUGGUGCAGGUGUUAUUAAACUGUACUGGAUUGAAUAAAAUGUCUUAAUAUGAAAAAGAAAUGGG